AUGUUGCUCCCUGACGACUCCCCUUCCCCCUCCGCAGAGUGGGUGGACCCCGACAUGAAACCUAACCACCUGCCUGGCACUAAAGGAAUCCCCAUUGGACAAUUCUGUAAAGACUUCAAUGAGAAGACCAAAGAGCUAAAGGAGGGUAUCCCCCUUCCAGUCAAAAUACAUGUGAAGCCUGACCGAACAUAUGACCUGAAGAUUGGGCAGCCCACUGUGUCCUACUUCCUCAAACAAGCAGCGGGCAUUUCAAAAGGAGCCACAAAAACAGGCCAUGAGACAGCAGGGAUGGUGUCUGUGAGGGCCAUCUAUGAGAUCGCACAAGUCAAAGCCCAAGAUGAAUGCUUCAAAAUGAGAAAUUCUUCACUGGAGAAUGUGGUCAAAUCAAUUGUAGGCUCGGCACGCUCUCUCGGCAUCAAAGUUGUUAACGAGCUAUCUGCAGAGGAAUACAGAGUCUUCAUGGAGCAAAGGGAGGAGAAACUUAAAGCUGAUGCAGCUGCAGCUGUAGCAGCUGCCACUGAAGCUUCUGGGAAAAAGAAAUGA